AUGGGGUCCUUUUCUCCCAACCCCAACCCUCACCUGCGUUUUUCCUUCUCAGAUGCUUGCUCGUUUUGCUAUGACUUAACCAUCAUUCCUGAGCCCAGACCUGGACAACCAUGGUGUGAGGUUCAAGGCCAGGUAGAUGGAAAGACUUUUCUUUCCUAUGACUGUGGCAGCGAUGAGGUCAAAUCCUUGAGUCUCCUGGGAGAGGAGGUGAAUGGCACGAGGGUCUGGCAAGAACAGAUGGAAACGCUGAGAGACGUGGGGGACUUGCUCAGACAGCAGCUCCCUGACAUUGAACUGGAGAAAUACAUGGACAGGGAUCCUCUCCCCCUGCAGGGCAGGAUGAUGUGUCAGUGUAAAGCCCAUGGACACAUGAGCGCAUCCUGGCAGUUCGGCUUCCAUGGACAGAUGUUCCUCCUCUUUGGCUCGGAGAAUGGAACCUGGACGGUGCUUCAACCUGGAGGCAGACGGAUGAGAGACAUCAUCACCAACCUCAGCCCCAGCUACAGCCCAAUCCAGGGCCCCGGCCAUCAUGCCCAUUGCCUGGAUCCUCCUGGUGACACUCACCUGCUUUACUAUCCUUGA